UGAUAGCUCGACCGGCAAACGCAUAAACGAGUUUAGACUUAUUUACAUACACAUAAACUGAAACAAGUUUAUCAGUAGGAUUAAAUCCACACAAGUCUGGAGGCGAUCUCGGAAAAUAGACGUAUCUUAAAAUGAAGUCGUUUAUAGAAUAUUCGUCGGACACGGACUUUCCUAUUGAGAACUUGCCUUACGGUGUUUUCACUUCGCCUAAAAAUGAACAAAAACAUAUCGGUGUUGCGAUCGGUGACUGGAUACUGGAUUUAAAUGUCAUAUCACAUUUAUUUACUGGGAACCUGCUAAGAGACAAACAGCAUGUUUUUAAGGAAGAAAAGUUAAACUCAUUUAUGGGAUUAACGAAACCACACUGGACAGAAGCAAGAAACACAUUACAGAAUCUCUUAGAUAUAUCUAAUCCUACAUUACAAAAUGAUACUCAGUUACGAGAGAGGGCUUUCAUCAAACAGAGCGAAGCCAAAAUGUAUGUACCAGCAGAAAUUGGUGAUUACACAGACUUCUACUCUUCCAUCCACCACGCCACCAACGUAGGCAUUAUGUUCAGGAGCAAAGAGAACGCGCUUAUGCCGAAUUGGAAACAUAUACCAGUGGGAUACCACGGUCGAUCCAGUUCCAUCGUAGUAUCCGGGACGCCGAUUACAAGACCUUAUGGACAAACACUACCAGUGGAAGGUGCAGCUCCACAUUUUGGACCUUGCCGACUCAUGGACUUCGAGCUAGAAAUGGCCGUCUUUGUUGGCGGUCCACCCACGGAACUGGGACAGAGAGUGCUGGCUAAAGAUGCUGAAGAUCACAUCUUUGGUUUUGCUCUUAUGAACGAUUGGAGCGCGCGUGACAUUCAGAAGUGGGAGUACGUGCCUCUAGGACCAUUCACAGCAAAGAACUUGGGGACCAGCAUCUCACCCUGGGUGGUGACUGUGGACGCUCUCAAGCCCUACAUAAUUGAGAACUACCCUCAAGACCCAGAACCAUUCCCAUAUUUGAAACACGACGAUAACUUUAACUUCGACAUCAAACUCGAAGUGGAUUUGAUCACGGAGAAAUCGCCUGUCGUGUCAACGAUAUGCCGGUCUAACUACCGCUUUUUGUACUGGACGGCAAAGCAGCAGUUAGCUCAACAAACCGUGACCGGCUGCAACCUGCGGCCUGGUGACUUGCUGGGCUCCGGCACGAUUAGUGGCGAUUCUUCCGAUUCAUACGGCAGUAUGUUGGAGCUAAGUUGGAAGGGUACAAAGCCGUUACGUUUAAAAACAGGGGAAGAAAGAAAAUUCUUACAAGAUGGCGACACUGUUGUUCUUCGCGGUUACUGUGUCAACGAAAGUGGAGUUCGCAUUGGUUUCGGCAAAUGCGAGGGAAAAUUACUUCCCGCUUUACCUUUUAACCUGUAGGUAAUGGAGAAAAUAUUUGUAUUUGUAUACCCAUUGUGUAUUGUUUUUGCUAUUACAUAGCAAAUGACUUUUUAAAAUAAAUUCUUAUUUUAA